CUUCUUCUCACUCACCCAGAUCCAGAGCCUCUCUCUCUCGCUCAAAGAUGAAGGUGAUCGCUGCUUAUUUACUUGCGUUGUUGGGCGGCAAGACCUGCCCUACCGCCGAGGACAUUAAGACCAUCCUUAGCGCCGUUGGUGCUGAAGCUGAUGAGGACAGGAUUCAGCUUCUUCUUAUGGAAGUUCAGGGUAAGGACAUAACUGAGCUUAUUGCUUCUGGACGGGAGAAGUUGGCCUCUGUCCCAUCUGGUGGCGGUGGUGCUGUUGCAGUGGCUGCCCCCGCUGGUGGUGGCGGCAGCGCUGCUCCUGCUGCAGCUGAGGCAAAGAAGGAAGAGAAGGUCGAGGAGAAAGAGGAGUCCGAUGAUGAUAUGGGCUUCAGUCUCUUUGACUAAGGUGGUUUGAAUACUUGCGUACUGAAGAACUACUUUCUUAUUCAAGCUAAAUAGAGAUUUUUGUUUGCUGGAGUUUACUUUUUGGUUAUUGUAGUAGAUGAUAUUGUUACUAUGGAUUUUAAUGCACUUCUCUAUCCAUAUUUCUUCGCAAUGAAGAAUGGACUUAUUUUAGCUCU